AUGACUGCUCUAUGUAACAGCCCAGUAGCUGGAAACCAAAAGGAUGCAACAGCCAAUGACGAUGACUUCUUACAUAGGCUCGUCAUACCGCUCACUUGUUUUGAAUCUGCCUCAUCACCUGACCGUUUGAGCCCCAAGAAGCUAUGCGAAGAAGCAAAAGAAAAUGGGCCGCGUUGGCUUAUUGAAUACUUUUGCGAAAGUCUUUGCAAACGAUAUUCGAAGCAGAUUUCCGGAGCUCAACUCCUCCACGAACUAAAGAAAUCCCCUCGCAAAGCUCUUGAGGCUUUGCACAAGGUGGUCAAGACCUCAAAGGGCCAUGAGCUUUAUUGGCUGCGUCUACGUCCUGUCGAUGGAGAUGAAACUUUGGAACUAUCAGCAGAUCAACUGCUCGAGAAUCUCAUCUCAAUUGGGCAUCGUACAGGAAAGCUUGGUUAUUGUUAUGCAGUUUACGAGGACGCGUCCCCGUGCAUCUCGCACUACUUCAAGCUUGUCAAUUGGUUGAAAUGGCAAAAGGAGACUGAUGACAUGCUAGAUUUCACGAUUCAGGACUGCCAAAUGUUCGGUAAAGAGUACUACUUAUCCCGACGUCCUUCAUCUUCAUCUUCAUGUACUUCCGCCGAUUCCACGCAGGCAUUGAAUCCUACACUGGACACAACGUUGCAACUGGCUUGCGUCCCGGCUCUACCACCAGGACUCGAAUCCUUCGAAGCGGUGCAAGAACCGGAAGAUAUCAUACCUGAUUCCAAGGAAAAGAGAGAGGACACGGCCGAACGUUCUAGUGUUGGCGACUCGAGCUUGAACGAUCGAACGCAUAAAGAAAGAGAAUGCCUGUGCUUCAUUUCCUGGGACCUCAUGCUCAAACUACUCAUGGUGUAUGUUACUUUCAUAUACAUCCUGUCACCAGACGACGCAGACCCCCAGAAACUUUUCGAAGAAGCCAAAAAUUACGAGCCUUGUCAGAUCCUCGAACGGCUUUACAAACGUGGUUUCCAACUCACAAUUGGAGGUGGACACUUACGCGCCGCUCUAGAAAUGGUUGACGACAAAGUCAAACAAUAUCUUGCUGGUUUUGAAUAUCUACGAGUGACAGCUCGAACUCCCGAUGGCAUUGAACUUACUAGGUUGCUACCCGCCUAUGAAAUUGGCCCUGUUGAAGCCGUGGCGAAAGUCGAAGAGGUCAUUUCUGCAAUCUACAAUGGAGUCACUCUAGCGAAGUGUCGUUGCUUCUAUGCAGUUGAUGCAGAUCGGUCUCCCUUCUCCCACGUCCGUGUCAGAAUUGCCAUGACGGUCGAUUAUUGGAAUUUCGUUUGGCCUGAUAGCCAUACGGCCGGUUCAGAGGCUGUCAAACCCGAGGCGGAUCUUAAACUCGCCGAGAAAAAGAAUGAGGAUGCAGUUAGCCCAGAGGGUUCAAUUCAUGUUGAGCACAAGGAGAAACUCGUGGCGAGAUUUGAGGAGCUCACGACUGAGGAGCAUCGCGACGUGCUCGACCGGGAAAUUUUAGAAGCUGAAGACACUGCAAGAGAGAGCUUUUCUCUUGAGCACAGUCAUAUGGCCAGUAUGGUUGACGAGGAUGAGGAAGAACAUGGAUUCACAAUGAUCUCUCGGAUUUAA